AUGUCAGGCCUUCCAUGUUUCGGCAGUGCGCAUGUGCAAAAAACACCCUCUUCUCCAGCCGAUGUGAUUGUGAAUACUACUGCACCAGAUCUACAGCUACGGAAUGGUGUUGUUUCAAAGUCAAUUCAUGACAGUGCUGGAAAAGAAAUACAAGACGAAUGUUUCAAGAAGUAUCACAGAAAUCUAGAUAAUGGAGAGAUAGUUAUAACAAAAGGAUACAAGUUAAAGUGCAAGCAUGUAUUCCAUGGAGCACUUCAAGCCUAUGAUAGGAGAAAAGAUGAACAUUCAUUGCAGCACAUAGAAAAGUUCAUCACAGACUGUCUAUGGAAGGCCAACUUCCUGGGUCACAAAAGUAUAGCCUUUCCUGUCAUUGGUACUGGAAGGCUUGAGUACCCAGCUCACAGGAUUGCUGAUGCUUUGUUUAAGGGUGUGAAAUCAUUUGAGAAAGAAUGUACUAGUGCAAUGACCAUUCAGCUUGUUAAAGUUGUUAUAUUUAAAGACAGUGAAGUGGUUAAAGUUUUUGAGAGUAAGAAGAUAAAAUAUGAGAAAGAAGAUGACAAAAUUGUGAAACAAGAAGUUGACCAUUUGACAAGUAGGAAGAUGCAAUGUUCUGGAGUGACUAUAAAUGCAGAAAUGGCUUCCUCUGCGGCCGCAUGUGGAAUGGCAGAAGCUCUUGUGGUUUUCUUUGAUAACACCUCUGUCCCAACAUUGAAGACCAGUCAGUUGUUGAAAUAUAUGGGAAAUUCAGCAGCUUCAGAGUUCUCUGCAAAUCGUAAUGUGAAGAAACCUUUUGCAACAAAACCUGGCAACCUGAGCAACAAUACAGUUAUCCAUGUUCCUGUCAAAAAUACACAGAACAGUUUGAAAGAGGGUUUUCAAAGAGGUCUUCGAUUGGCCGACAGUAAAAUGAUAUAUUCAGCUGCAGUGUAUUUUGAUGCAAAAGAGA